CAAGCUGAUUUCAUACAUUUUUCAGAGUAAUCUUUAUUUUUAUUGAUUUAAUGAAUUUAUAACAAAUAGACAAAAAAAAAAAAUAUGUUGCUACUUUUAAGUAAUUUAACCAUGACAUGUUAGACUGAGUAAGCCUACUGCACCAGGAAGGAUGGAAUCACCCAGGUAACCUUGUGAGGUCAGGCCAAAGGUAAAAUAAAAAUGUGUAAAUUGGGUGGUUUCGCCAGAGUAUUUGGCCUUGCUUAGAGAGGUCGUAGCCCGCCAGAGGAGCUCAGGUUAUGGUAUCCGUGGACCUAAAAAUAGGAAGCGGAUCAAAGUCAAGUGCAAUUGAGCUUUGGAUGUGACCUUCCCGGCAGCGACGUCUUCCAAUGCAGUGUUCAAUGCUUAUUAUGCUCAUAGACACUUUAAAUCAAACCAUUUUGUAAUCUACCUGAUCUAAUCAAAGAUUGAGAAAAUAUUUGGUACCGGCUUCUCGGUCCCCCUUGCUUGUGUUGAAGCUAUAAUAUUUAUUUAUUGAGGACUCAUUUAUUGCUCAAUCUUCAAAGCCUAUUAAUUCUUGGCUGAGUUGAAAUGACCUGGGGGCCUUCUUGGCAAUGGCAAACGAUUGGAAUAUUUUUCUUGAUCAUCCAGUUAGAUAGAGAGACUCUCAUGUUGUUAUUAAUAUGGAGAAGAAGGAUCCAAUGGAGGGACAGGGGGAGCUCUCCGUGGUGCUGGUGGUUUAGAACUGUAAGGGUGGCGUCUCUCUGGGCGCUUAGCCCCGCCAUUGACAGAACACGAGCACCAACACAAACAGCCGCUCCAAAGGGCGGGUUCAGAUGAGCAGAGCAAAGGACCGAUGCGGCACUCAUCAAACCUCCACAUUUUUUCGUUUUCCUCCUGCAAAGAUACUUACGGUUUUCAGCCAAAUCCUCGGAUCCUUGACUUAUAUUAUCUGGAGACUGAAACUACAUCUGGGAUUUAGAUGUUCAACGGAAACUACUCCAUACGCAACUUCAAAUAAAGCAACCAACUCUUAACGUCGAAUAAAGUGCACGUCCGGAAAGAAUGCGCACCUUAUUAUUUCAACUCGAGCAGUGUAUUUGCUCGGUUGAUUUCAACUCGUUGCAAGUUGAACACUGGAGAGGACAACUUUUUUGAGUUCUGGGACCGGUAGGGAGAAGGUCAAGAUGCGAGUGGGCAACCGGGGCACCAUGAUGCUGAUGACCACCGCGGGGGCUUUCUGCGCCUUUAGCCUCAUGACCAUCGCCGUGGGGACGGACUACUGGCUUUAUUCCCGCGGUAUGUGUCGCUCCAAGACCGCCAACGACAACGAAACCAUCCGCAAGAACGAAGAGGUGCUGACCCAUUCCGGCCUGUGGCGCACUUGCUGCACAGAGGGAACAUUCCGUGGAGUUUGUAAAGAUAUUGAUCACUUUGCAGAGGAUGACUAUGAACAGGAUGCAGCCGAGUAUUUACUACGAGCAGUGCGUGCCUCCAGUCUCUUCCCCAUCCUCAGUGUGGGUUUGUUGUUCAUAGGUGGCGUGUGUGUCGCCGCCAGCGAGUUCUACAAGUCCAGACAUAAUGUAAUUCUCAGUGCGGGUAUCCUCUUCGUCUCUGCAGGUCUGAGCAACAUCAUCGGCAUCAUCGUGUACAUAUCAGCCAACUCGGGGGACCCCAGCCAGAGCGACCACAAGAAGAGCUACUCGUACGGCUGGUCCUUCUACUUCGGCGCGCUCUCCUUCGUGCUGGCGGAGAUGGUGGGCGUGCUGGCCGUGCACGUGUUCAUCGAGAAGCACCGGCAGCUGCGCACGCGCGGGCGGCCCUCCCUCAUGAAGCCGCCGUUCGCACACAGCUCCUCCUACUACCGCAACCGCUACUACCAGAACCGCAGCCGGCGCUACAGCACCAGGAGCGUCCACAGCGCGGGCGAGCCGGCCGCCGCCAGGCCCUCCUUCCACGGCGGCUCGCUGCGGGACGGAGAGACGCCCUUCUCCGGCCAGGAGUCCAAGGGCAACGGGGGCUCGCCCGGCUCGCAGACGACGACGCCGCCGGAACCCGAGUUCACGCUGUACACCCUGGCCACGCCGCCGCCCCCACUGAACGAUGUGAAAAUCAACAUGGCCGCCGACGUCGACGACGCAAACCACUCGGAGACGAACCACAUUGACACUGAGAUGUUGCCGGGCAACUGUGCUGUGAACAGGAGGACCACGCCGGUCUGAGAGGAGGUGCGGAGGGGGAAGUGAGGAGCACUUUGCAACAGGGGGAGAUUUGAGAGGUGACUCGGUGGAAAGCAGAGGAGAUAUAUUAAGAGGACGUCUGGGAAGACUACCCGUCUAUGAUUAUGAUUUGCGUCUAUGAUUUGCGUGUGUGUGUGCGCGCGCGAGUGCGUGUGUUUGCGUGUGUGCGCGGGUGCGUGUGUUUGUGUGUCUUGAGUCUUAUGUUUCCCAUCGUGGAGAAUUGUGCAAUUUGAUCUUCCUUACAUCACCUGCAUGAAUAUUGAAAAGUGUUUAAAAUGGUUAUGUGAAAAAAUAGCUUUGCUUUAAUUGCAUUUUUUUUUAAAUAUCAGUUAAUUAUUAAUACUAUAUUUAAAUGGAGUAAAAAUUCAACACACAUCAACACUCUUUUCUAGACUAGCAGAGAUAUAAUUGUUGAUGAUGAUUAUCAUCGUUAUAUUCAUAAUUCAUUAUAGACAUACAAAUACAUGUGCUUUAAAUUGGGCGUGUUAUUAUCCUUUUUGAUGGCUUUAACUGCAAAUAGAAGAUUCAUUAAAAUGUAAUAUUUCUUAGUCUCUAUUUCUCUCUUUCUUUUUGUGUUACCAUGAACAUUGUAUACUUAUGUGGACUUGUAAAUAAUUAGUCUUCGAUAAGAAGUACAGCAUAUUACCACGUAUUUCAAAUGGACAACGACUUUCUAGGCUUAUCACUAUCUAUCUAAAAUUACUGGCAGCGGUGGGAUUUGAACCCACGCCUCCGAAGAGACUGGAGCCUUAAUCCAGCGCCUUAGAC